GCCACUAAGAAAGCGACGCUACAUUUUAAAAAUUUCCAACUAAACAAAUUUAUGUGCUAUUUGUAGUUAUAAGCAAUUAAAAAAUAAGAAUUUAAAGUGAACUGAAACUAAGUAAAAUGGUCAAAAAGACGCGAGCGAGAGCGCCAAAGGCCAAGGUGGCCACAGAGGAGACUGAGGGGUCGCCAGAGGCAGCAGAGAAAGCGACCUCAUCAACAGCAGCAGCAGCAGCGGCCACCAACAAAAACAAAAGCAAAGCCAAGGCGACGAAGGGUUCAUCAGGAACGGGAACAAAAGAUGGUGCCAAACAAGGGGGCAAAGAGAAUAAAGGUCAAUCAUCUAGACGCGAUGAUCCGAUGUAUAAAAUACUGGAGCGUGCCCAACAAACCGAGACCUACCACAAUCGUUAUCUCAAGGAAUUGAAGCAACUGUACCAAGCAAUGGAGCACAACACAUUCGUUUGUAAAUUUAUUGAAGCCAUCAAGUCCAUAUUGGAGGCGGAUGACACCAAUGAACAUGGCACCAUAGCCAUGUCCUUUUGUGCUAAAUUUGUGGCAAAUUUCGAAUCAGAGCAUACACAUCCUAUACUAGCAGAUACAUUACAUUGGUGUUUACAUACCAUAUCGGGAUUGCCCCAUGUGAGAUAUCGGAUUUGCCUGUUUGUCAAUGUCAUACUGAAGCAAUUGGGUCCUCAGGCUGCAUUGGACGAUUCACAAUGUGAUGAGAUUUUAGUUUAUAUGCUGGAUCGGGUCAAGGAUGUGGCUGCCAGUGUACGAAAACAGGCUGUGCUGGCCAUGCAACGUCUCCAGAUGCCCGACAAGCCCAAUGAUCCUGUAUUGUGUGCCUAUCAAUUUCACUUGAGUGCCGAUCCCUCGCCCAUGGUGCGUCAAUGCAUUGUUACCUGCAUGGGUAGAAAUUAUUUGACAAUACCCCACAUCCUGCAACGUCUGAGCGAUGUCGAUGACAAGGUGCGUCGUCAUACCUAUGUAAAUCUGUGCAAUUAUCCAGUGCGUUCGUAUAAAGUGGUCCAGCGACUGCAAAUUCUGGAACAUGGCCUAAACGAUAGCUCCGAGAAUAUAAGAAAAACUGUUGCCAAAUGCAUGCUCAAGGCUUGGAUGGAAUCGUAUCAACAGAAUUUCAUUGCCCUAACUGCGGCACUGAAAUUGUAUUCCGAUGAGGAAUCACUUUGCCGUUUUCGGAAUGUCUCCAAGCAGAUGCUGCAGGAGAUUUUUAAGCAAAAUGACACAGAGAUGCUAUUGAAGCAAUUGCCCCUAAGUGAGGAUUGUGAACUGCAUCGUUGUGUACCGCAUGAAUCGUUGACUGUGGAAUCGCUUCUAUAUUGGGAAUGUUUGAGUGAAUAUUUACAGAAAACCAAUGACGAUGCAGCCGAUCAAUGUUUGCCCGAGCUGACAGUUUUUUGUGCCUAUGUUGAGAAAUUCUGUCAAUUCCAAAAACCCGAUAUGGAUAAAUUUGCUCAAUUGGAAUUUCAGAGUAUGUUGUUGUCCCUUGUCAACAUGUUGCAAGCCUACGAUUUGGGUGAUGAAAUUGGCCGAGUACAUAUGGGGGAAUUGAUUACUUUGCUGCUGAAGGAUUAUCUAUUGGAUCGCCAGAUUAUAGAGAUUCUGGUGCGAUGCAUGGAGCAGUUAAUUACAGAUCUCAAUGCUCGCAUGCAAUACUUUUUGGACAUUAUCUAUGAAAUGUGUGAACUGAAUGCAAAACAUAAUGAAUUGGUACACGAUCGAAGUUUAAUCAAUAAGUUGCUGGCCGACUUGGAUGAUCCCGCUCUGGAGACAAAAAUCUCCAGUCUAAAGGUCAGAAUAUUGGAUCUGGAGGAGCAAGAGGAGAACUAUUGGCGGCAAAAGGAAUAUAUUCGAGUGCAAGCUGCCAAUGAUGAAAAGAAUGCAGUGACCGAAGAAUAUACCGAAUUAAUACGUCCAUUGCUCGAGAAGCAUGGCAAUGAUUUGGGUAUUAUGCCGCAACGUCCUAAACUAUCGAAACAGGAACGUGUACUCAAAGGUUUAUAUAUAACCUUCUAUAUGGUUGCUUCACAGCAUGUUCAAAAACUAACGCCCAGCAUCUGUAAGCUAUAUAAGGACUUUAUUUGCCGACAUUUGGCCUCCACCGAGGAGGAUAUCUUUGAGGUGGCCAUUAAAUGUGGCUCCACAUUCAGUAUACUGUAUGAACCUUAUGCCAAGGAAGUAUUCGAAUUGCUUGUCGAUCAAUUCUGUAAAAAUAAUAAUGUUCGCCUAUGCGAAACAUCGGCCCUUUGCAUACUCGAGUUGAUCGAUCAUCAUGGAUUGAACUAUUUCAUAGAUCUCAAACCAGCUGGCAGUAGUGAGGCCAGCGAUGUUAGUCUAUCCAAAGCGAAACGUCGUCGUCUAUAUACCAUGGUGGAGCCCUACGAUUUGGAGGACGAACGCAGUCAAUCGCAGAUCCAAGAGCAAAAUUCUGAUAUUAUUGGCAUGAUGGCACAUUUUAUGGAACGUGUGGAGGAUAAGGGCAUUGGUCUUGUAUUGGUGCGUGGCCUGUGUCGUCUUGUGUUACGUGGACAUUUGGAUGAUCGUCCCGAUGUUAUUGAGAAAUUGGUUAAACGUUUCUUUAAUCCCAAUACGGAGCCGAUUAUAAAUCAGGCACUUGGCAUGUUUCUAGAACAAAUGGUUGAACAGAAAUUGGCCCAUUUGCUGGAACCUUGCCUUUUGCCCUGCGUUUGGACCAUGAUGGACAGUGAUCUGCCCUUGCAGGAGGGUCAGCCAUCGCAUGUUGUUAAAUUCUUUAUUGGCCUAACCACCCAAGAGCGCAGCACACCGCAAAAUCAUUUGCAUAAUAAAAUUGCAAUAAGUUUCCUCGAGUAUAUACACAAUUACUAUACAGAUCGUAAGGAUAUGUGUCGUCUAUUGGCCAAGGAGUUGAUUAAUUUGCAAUUGAAUGUACAACAGAGUCAACAACUGAAGACCAAAAUGCUGGAAAUGUCUGAUGAGUUGAUCAAGAGCCAAUUGGAACCGCGCAUGAUACAGAAUAUUAUCAACUUUAAGGAUAUGGUCAAUGGUCGGUUUAAUCCACCACCUGCCGCAUCUCAGCAAGAAGGUCAAGAAAGUGGAGGCGAGGAACAGGAUGAGGAUUGUGAAACGGCCACUGUAAUCACUGUUAGCACGGAACAAGCGGCAGAAACUCCGCUCGAGACAAUUAGUGAAAGAGAUGAAGUGGUGAUUGCUCCUCCACUAGAGGAGGAGGAGGAGGAGGAAACUGCACCAACUCUACCAGAACCACAAACUUCAGCUUCCAUAAUUGGUGUGCCAUCCCUGCGUCGUUCCAUGCUUAAUAUUGUCAGUCAAGUAGAUGAUGAUUUGGAGGCGGAAACGGCAGCGGAAACGGCAGCGGAACCAGCAUAUAAAAUAAGCAAAAAGAAUUUAAAUCGCCCUCAGACUAAAAAGCGUCUCGAACAAGCCAUGGCCAGGGCAUCCAAGACACCAGAAAAGCAAAUAGUCGAAGACAACUCCGAGCAGACAAUAAUAGAAGCCUCCUUCGCAUCCUCACGAAGUAAUAUUAGGACACCGGCGCCGUUGUUGGAUUCACCAGCUGUUAUUCCAGCCACACCCUCACCCAUUGCAUCCGAAUCAGGACCAGAUGUCAGUCGACGAUUGCGCUCAUUGCGCAGCGGAGCCAAAACAAGGGUUCUUCACAUGGAUCGUCCGACGCCCGUGCGUAAUGGUCGUAAACGAAUACUGAGACGUUCACCUCCAGCUAAGAGUUCAUCCGUCGUGAAUCAUUCGGUUUCGCCCAUGCCCAAGCAAAUACGACGAGAUGUUAAUACACCGACGAUUAGAAAGAGUCAGGAGCCCAUCACGAUGGCAGCUAGUACAAAUAGUCCCACAGGCAGCAGCUCCUCAGCAAAAGAGAAUACGAAUCCUCCUCCGGCACAGCGGACAAUAAGAAUGCCCCUGCCGCAAUCGCAACCCCGGCCAACAACAAGGAGUACGGCCAUCAGUCUAACGCCUGGGGUAACCACAAGAAAUUCAGCUCGAACGCAAUCGAAUCGAAAGCGUUUGUCCUUGGAUAUGAAUAUGAGCAGUGGCCAUCUGAGGGUAUCCACACCCAAAAGAUUACAACAGGACAAACGGAAAAACUAACUAAUUAUACCCCAUAAAUUACAUAGAUAUAGAUUAUAUAGCUUUGUUGUUCAUCUCUGUAAAAAUUGUGUUAAAUUUUAGAAAUAUAUAUGUAAAAUCCAA